UCCCGUCCCCCAAACCCCCCCGGGCCGCCCCGCAUGGAGGACGCCGACUCGGCGGCCAAGCAGCUGGGCUUAGCGGAGGCGGCGGCAGCGGCGGCCGCAGUGGCGGCGGCGGCCGUGGAAGGACCCGAACAACAACAACAGCAGCGGGGGCCGCCACAGCAGCCGCAGCCCGCGGCCUCGGAGGCGAAGGCGGAGCGGCGGCAGGAAGAGGCGGCGCGGGUGACGGCCGUGACGGUGAUGGCAGCGGACGCCCAGCACCUCGAGAUGGCGGCCGGGGCCCUGCCCAGCGCCGACGAGGCCGCCGCCUUCGCAGAAGUCACCACAGUAACAGUAGCCAACGUCGGUGCCUCCGCAGACAAUGUUUUCACCACAUCUGUGGCAAAUGCAGCUUCAAUUUCAGGACAUGUGCUGUCUGGGAGAACGGCCCUCCAAAUUGGGGACAGCUUGAAUACUGAAAAAGCCACUCUCAUAGUCGUUCACACAGACGGCAGCAUUGUAGAAACCACGGGGCUGAAGGGGCCAUCAGCACCUCUCACACCAGGACCGCAAUCUCCUCCUACCCCUUUAACAUCCGUCCAAGAGAAAACUGGAACCAAGUAUAACUGGGACCCAUCUGUGUAUGACAACGAACUCCCGGUGAGGUGCCGGAAUAUCAGUGGGAUUCUGUAUAAAAACAGACUUGGCUCAGGAGGCCGUGGCAGGUGCAUUAAGCAAGGGGACAACUGGUACAGCCCCACCGAAUUUGAAGCUAUGGCAGGACGAGCCAGCAGCAAAGACUGGAAGAGGAGCAUCCGCUAUGCUGGGAGACCGUUGCAGUGCCUUAUUCACGAUGGGAUUUUAAAUCCUCACGCUGCCUCUUGUACUUGUGCUGCCUGCUGUGAUGACAUGACUCUGAGUGGCCCCGUACGACUAUUUGUACCAUACAAACGGCGAAAAAAAGAUAGUGAAAUGUCUGCAAAUACUGUGAAGAAGGAAUCCUCCAAAAAUAUCACUCUGCUUCCUGCCACAGCUGCUACUACAUUCACCGUGACUCCUUCUGGACAGAUCACUACCUCCGGUGCUCUGACCUUUGACCGCACAUCGACAGUGGAAGCCACAGCAAUUAUCUCAGAAAGUCCAUCCCAGGGUGAUGUUUUCACAGGAGCCACUGUUCAAGAUACCAAUGUUCAGCAGCCUUGCCGGGUCAAUCACCCAGAACCUCACUAUCCAAGUUACCAGGACAACUGUCAGAUUUCACCUUUUCCUGAAGCUGCGCUGCCAACAUCUCAUCCCAAAAUUGUGUUGACCCCAAUCCCUGCUCUCUCGGUGCCCCCCUCAACCCCCACGAAAGCCAUCUCGCCAUCAGUGGUGAAUGGGCUGGAAGUGACCGAGCAACGAAGCUGGCUGUACUUGGAGGAGAUGGUCAAUUCCCUGCUCAACACCGCCCAGCAACUGAAGUCUCUCAUCGAACAGGCCAAGCAGGCCAGCUCCUCCUUCCGCGAGGCUGCUGUCACGCAAGCGAAAAUUCAAGCUGAUGUGGAGAGGAAAGAGCAAUAUCAGAACCAGUUAUUUCAGCAAACAGAAGAUGUGGAUGGGAAAACAGAAAUCAUCAUCAAGCAGUCCUGUGUCAACUGUGGUCGUGAGGCAAUGAACGAGUGCACAGGAUGCCAUAAAGUCAACUACUGCUCCACUUUCUGUCAGCGGAAGGACUGGAAGGAGCACCAGCACAUCUGCGGUGAGUCAACCACAGUGACGGUGCAAGCCGACGAGGUGCAUGUCACAGACAACGUAAUAGAGAAAGUCUCCGUCUGAACAAACCUACCUCAUUAACCUUCCAUGAACAAUGUGGUGCAGCCGGCUGGAUCGGCAACCUUAUGUGAAUUGUCUGUCCUUUACAAACAAACUCAUUUUUGAAAGACUUUUUAAUACUGUGAUAGCAUUUGCCUACUCCCGAUCCUAUUCCAAAACUUUGAGUAAUGCAGAAACUGAGAAAACCUGAUCUGGAAAAAGCAAACUGCAGCCUACCAGCCACCUUCAGCUUGAGGAAGCUUCGACUUUGCCGAAACCUCCACUGUGUGGAUUACAACAAUCUCUUCAUCUCUCUUGAGAUGGAUUUAAAACAAUUGCUGCAAUGAGAUUUGCCAGUAUUUUGUUUCCCCUGUGCCUCCCUACCUCUUGUUUGAAAAAAAGGAAUGAUCCUUCAUUUGGUUUAUUUAAUUGCCUUGAAAAAGUACAAACUCUUAAUUU